AGCUGAGUAUCGACUUGCGCCGCCAUUGCGGGUCUGAGCGCUUCAGUACCGAGUCCGUCUAAUUCCAGUCCGAUCGGCGGAGAGCAGCAGCAACAACAACAACAACAGCAGCAGGCGGGCGUCAGAUCCCGGGGACACAACAACAGCACCCGCGCUCGGAUAAUCACAUCCACAAGCAGCCUGCGUUUGUGUGGGAUCCGUCCUUGUGUGCUGUAGCGCUCGGUGUUUUGUCGCUGAUCAGCGGGGUGUGAGUGCGCUGUGUGUCCGAGCGGGAGGUCGAGCUAGCUUAGCUUAGCUUAGCUUAGCUUUAGCUUUAGCUUUAGCUUUCUGCUCUCAAGCCUCCGGUCAGAGAGCUAAUCGCUCACCAUGGCUCAGAUAUUACCGAUCCGCUUUCAGGAGCACCUGCAGCUCCAGAACCUGGGCAUAAACCCAGCGAACAUCGGCUUCAGCACGCUCACCAUGGAGUCCGACAAGUUCAUCUGCGUGCGGGAGAAAGUGGGCGAGCAAGCUCAGGUAGUCAUCAUCGACUUGAGUGACCCCAACUCGCCCAUUCGCCGGCCCAUCUCGGCUGAUAGCGCCAUCAUGAACCCAGCCAGCAAAGUCAUCGCCCUGAAAGCCGCGAAAACCCUGCAGAUUUUUAACAUCGAAAUGAAGAGCAAGAUGAAGGCUCACACCAUGACUGACGAUGUGACGUUCUGGAAGUGGAUCUCCCUCAACACCGUAGCGCUGGUGACUGAUAACGCCGUCUACCAUUGGAGCAUGGAAGGAGAUUCGCAGCCCGUUAAAGUCUUCGACCGACACUCGAGCUUGGCCGGCUGUCAGAUUAUUAACUACCGCACUGACGCCAAACAGAAAUGGCUUCUUCUCAUCGGCAUUUCUGCACAGCAAAACCGCGUGGUUGGAGCGAUGCAGCUUUACUCCGUAGAUAGAAAAGUCUCUCAGCCGAUUGAAGGCCACGCCGCAGGCUUCGCCCAGUUCAAAAUGGAGGGAAACGCUGAAGAAUCCACACUCUUCUGCUUUGCCGUGCGCGGUCAAGCUGGAGGAAAGCUGCACAUUAUUGAAGUUGGAACCCCUCCGACUGGGAAUCAGCCUUUUCCUAAGAAGGCCGUGGACGUCUUCUUCCCACCCGAGGCUCAGAACGACUUCCCAGUUGCUAUGCAGAUCAGCCCCAAGCAGGAUGUCGUCUUUCUCAUCACCAAAUACGGCUACAUCCACCUGUACGACCUCGAAACUGGCACCUGCAUAUACAUGAACCGGAUCAGUGGAGAGACCAUCUUUGUCACGGCUCCACAUGAAGCAACUUCUGGCAUCAUUGGGGUCAACAGGAAGGGACAGGUGCUGUCUGUGUGUGUGGAGGAGGAAAACAUCAUCCCCUACAUCACCAGCGUGCUCCAGAACCCCGACCUGGCCCUGCGCAUGGCCGUACGCAACAACCUGGCCGGCGCUGAGGAGCUCUUCGCACGCAAGUUCAACACACUCUUCGCAGGGGGCAACUACUCAGAGGCCGCCAAAGUGGCCGCCAACGCACCAAAGGGCAUCCUGCGCACCCCGGACACUAUCAGACGUUUCCAGAGCGUGCCGGCUCAGCCAGGUCAGACCUCUCCACUGCUGCAGUACUUCGGCAUCCUGCUGGAUCAGGGACAGCUGAACAAGUUCGAGUCACUGGAGCUGUGCAGGCCAGUUCUACAGCAGGGUCGCAAGCAGCUACUGGAGAAGUGGCUGAAGGAGGACAAGCUGGAAUGUUCAGAAGAGCUGGGUGAUUUGGUGAAGUCCGUAGACCCGACACUUGCUCUCAGCGUCUACCUAAGAGCAAACGUCCCCAGCAAAGUAAUCCAGUGCUUCGCAGAAACCGGCCAGUUCCAGAAAAUUGUACUGUACGCAAAAAAGGUUGGCUACACUCCAGACUGGAUCUUCCUGCUUCGAAACGUGAUGCGGAUCAGUCCAGAACAGGGUCUUCAGUUCUCCCAGAUGCUGGUUCAGGAUGAGGAGCCGCUGGCUGACAUCACCCAGAUUGUGGACGUGUUCAUGGAGUAUAACCUGAUUCAGCAGUGCACCUCAUUUCUGCUGGAUGCCCUGAAGAACAACCGUCCCACUGAGGGUCCUCUGCAGACUCGCCUGCUGGAGAUGAACCUCAUGCACGCACCUCAGGUGGCCGAUGCCAUUCUGGGGAACCAGAUGUUCACCCAUUACGACAGAGCACAUGUGGCACAGCUGUGCGAGAAGGCCGGAUUGUUGCAGAGAGCCCUGGAGCAUUACACUGACCUGUAUGACAUCAAACGCGCAGUGGUGCACACCCACCUGCUCAACCCUGAGUGGCUGGUGAACUUCUUCGGCUCGCUGUCAGUGGAGGACUCUCUGGAGUGCCUGAGAGCCAUGCUGUCCGCCAACAUUCGUCAGAACCUGCAGAUCUGCGUCCAGGUGGCCUCCAAAUACCAUGAGCAGCUCACCACACAGUCCCUCACCGAGCUCUUCGAGUCCUUCAAGAGCUUCGAAGGUCUGUUCUACUUCCUCGGCUCCAUUGUAAACUUCAGCCAGGAUCCAGAGGUUCAUUUCAAGUACAUCCAGGCAGCUUGUAAAACCGGGCAGAUUAAGGAGGUGGAGAGGAUCUGCAGAGAGAGUAACUGCUAUGAUGCCGAUCGUGUGAAGAAUUUCCUGAAGGAAGCCAAACUGACCGAUCAGCUGCCUCUCAUCAUUGUGUGUGACCGCUUCGACUUCGUCCACGACCUGGUCCUUUAUCUGUACCGCAACAACCUGCAGAAGUACAUCGAGAUUUACGUGCAGAAGGUCAACCCAAGCCGUCUUCCAGUGGUAAUCGGUGGCCUGUUGGACGUGGACUGCUCCGAGGAUGUCAUAAAGAACCUGAUCCUGGUGGUCCGAGGCCAGUUCUCCACCGACGAGCUGGUGGCUGAGGUGGAGAAGAGGAACAGACUGAAGCUGCUGCUGCCCUGGCUGGAGGCACGUAUCCAUGAGGGCUGUGAGGAACCUGCUACCCACAAUGCCCUGGCUAAGAUCUACAUUGACAGCAACAACAACCCUGAGCGAUUCCUCAGAGAGAACCCUUACUACGACAGCCGUGUGGUGGGCAAGUACUGCGAGAAGAGGGAUCCACAUCUGGCCUGUGUGGCUUACGAGAGAGGCCAGUGUGACCAGGAGCUCAUAAAUGUGUGCAAUGAGAACUCCCUGUUCAAGAGUCUGUCUCGAUAUCUGGUGCGCCGUAAGGACCCCGAGCUGUGGGCCAGUGUUCUGCUGGAGAGCAACCCCUACAGAAGGCCACUGAUUGAUCAGGUGGUGCAGACUGCUCUGUCUGAGACUCAGGAUCCAGAGGAGGUCUCUGUUACAGUCAAAGCCUUCAUGACCGCUGAUCUGCCCAAUGAGCUCAUCGAGCUUCUGGAGAAGAUCGUCCUGGACAACUCUGUUUUCAGUGAGCACAGGAACCUGCAGAACCUUCUGAUUUUAACAGCCAUCAAAGCUGACCGCACUCGUGUGAUGGAGUACAUCAAUCGCUUGGAUAACUACGACGCCCCCGACAUCGCCAACAUCGCCAUUAGCAAUGAGCUCUUUGAGGAGGCUUUUGCCAUCUUUAGAAAGUUUGAUGUCAACACAUCUGCAGUGCAGGUUCUGAUUGAACACAUCGGCAAUCUGGACAGAGCUUACGAGUUUGCUGAGCGCUGCAAUGAACCUGCUGUGUGGAGCCAGUUGGCUAAAGCUCAGCUGCAGAAAGGCUUGGUGAAGGAAGCUAUCGAUUCUUACAUCAAGGCUGACGAUCCUUCAGCUUACAUGGAAGUGGGCCAUGCUGCUGCCCAAAGCGGAAACUGGGAGGAUUUGGUGAAAUUCUUGUUGAUGGCACGCAAGAAGGCUCGCGAGUCCUACGUGGAGACCGAGCUGAUCUUUGCUCUGGCCAAAACCAACCGCCUGGCUGAACUGGAGGAGUUUAUUAACGGCCCGAACAACGCUCACAUCCAGCAGGUCGGCGAUCGAUGCUACGAUGAGAAGAUGUACGAAGCGGCUAAGCUACUGUACAACAACGUGUCUAACUUUGGCCGCCUGGCUUCCACUCUGGUGCACCUUGGGGAGUACCAGGCUGCUGUGGACGGAGCCCGCAAAGCUAACAGCACACGAACCUGGAAGGAGGUCUGCUUUGCUUGUGUGGAUGGAAAUGAAUUCCGUCUGGCCCAGAUGUGUGGUUUACAUAUCGUCGUCCAUGCUGACGAACUGGAAGAGCUGAUCAACUACUACCAGGAUCGUGGCUACUUUGAGGAGCUGAUCACCAUGCUUGAAGCUGCUCUGGGACUGGAACGUGCUCACAUGGGCAUGUUCACCGAACUGGCCAUCCUGUAUUCUAAGUUCAAACCCCAGAAGAUGAGGGAGCACCUGGAGCUCUUCUGGUCCAGAGUUAACAUUCCCAAGGUCUUGAGGGCGGCAGAACAAGCUCACCUGUGGGCCGAGCUGGUCUUCCUGUACGACAAGUAUGAGGAAUACGAUAAUGCCAUCAUCACCAUGAUGAACCACCCAGCAGAUGCCUGGAAGGAGAGCCAGUUCAAAGAUAUUGUGACCAAGGUGGCCAAUGUGGAGCUGUAUUACAAAGCCAUCCAGUUCUAUCUGGAGUUCAAGCCUCUGUUACUGAACGACUUGCUGAUAGUGCUGUCUCCAAGGCUCGAUCACACACGCGCCGUCAACUUCUUCAGCAAGGUAAAGCAGUUGCCCCUGGUUAAACCGUAUCUGCGAUCUGUACAGAGCCACAACAACAAAUCGGUCAAUGAAGCACUGAACAAUCUCUUCAUUGUUGAGGAGGAUUACCAGGCCCUGCGCACGUCCAUCGACGCCUACGACAACUUCGAUAACAUCUCGCUGGCUCAGAGCCUGGAGAAGCACGAGCUCAUCGAGUUCAGGAGAAUUGCUGCCUACCUUUUCAAAGGAAACAACCGCUGGAAGCAAAGUGUGGAACUCUGCAAGAAGGACAAACUCUACAAGGAUGCCAUGCAGUACGCCUCCGAGUCGAAGGACAUCGAGCUGGCAGAGGAGCUGCUGCAGUGGUUCCUGCAGGAGAACAAGAAGGAAUGCUUCGCCGCCUGCCUCUUCACCUGCUACGAUCUGCUGAGGCCCGACGUGGUGCUGGAGACGGCCUGGAGGCACAACAUCAUGGACUUCUCCAUGCCUUACUUCAUCCAGGUCAUGAGGGAGUACCUCAGCAAGGUGGAGAAACUUGAUGUAUCCGAGUCCUUGAGGAAAGAGGAAGAACAGAACACUGAGGCACAACCCAUCGUUUAUGGCACACCCCAGCUCAUGCUGACCGCAGGCCCGAGCGUCGCUGUUCCUCCUCAGCAGCCUUACGGCUACGGUUACGCCGCCCCCGCCGGCUACGGCCAGCCAGCACAGCCCGGCUUCAGCUACGGCAUGUAAAGCCGUCCCGCCCACGCUCGUCCAGCAUCGUCAUCCGUCUCCUUCAGUUGCUUCCCUCGGCUCAUCGUGCUUUAUUCACAAAGGUGUUGCAAACUUGAGCUUAUGCAUUUUAAACUGUUCUCCUUAAAAUGCAUUGAAGGACUUUUAUUUUUAUUUGAGUUGUUUCAGAGUAUAUUCGGACCACCUUUUAUUUUACAUUCCAUAUUUAAGCGUACUUAUCUAACAGAGUUUGUGUCCUUAUAUAUUUUUUGGGUUGUUUUUUUUGUUUGUUUUUUUUUGGUUAUUUUCAAGGGGGGGGGGGGGGGGAUUGAUCACGUAUGUAAGUGGAAUUGUGAGAAUAGCAUUUAACAGCAUUUAUUAACACGUUGUGAAGCAUCGAAUUUGCACUCCGUCACGAGAGGAAGCCCUAAUGUAGAAUCUCCUAAUUUUGAUGUGCUGUAUGUGACGCUUACACUGUCUUUCUGUAUGAAGCAUUUCAUUGUUGUAUAUUCUUGUGUGGGUGUGGGUGGGGGGAGGGGGUGAAAACCAUUACUGGAAGUUGCGCGUAAGCACCCGUGGGUACAUUUAGUAACACUAAGUAAUAAUCAGAAAUUCUACGAAGGUAUGUAGCUGUAUGGAGUUUUAUGUGCAUACAGACCUAUGAUUCUAGAAAGCAAUUUUAAUCCCUUAGCAUAAGCAGUUUCCCAUCGACCGUGUCAGCGUUAACCUCAACCUUCAUUCACUCCGUGUGUAACAGGUGAACUUCUCUUGUGUUCUAUACAGUGCUUGUGUGAUUUUCCAAAAAUGAGCAAGGGAUAAAAGAUUAUUCUUCUGACCUGUGUGUUUACUCAUCAUACAUUCUCCCUGUAUUUAAGGCUUGUGUAUGCCUGGUGUUGUGAUGUACUAGCUCACUAUUCGGAGUGUACAGAAGAAAGGAUAUAGAUAUGGAUUACCUUGCAAUCGGAACAAGUGGUUAAUAAAAAUGACAGGAUCCUGAUCAUUUUCUGUGGCUUGAUUGUAAACUUGCUCACAUUAAAAUGAAAAAUCAUCCAUA